CUUCAAAUACGGUGUGCUCGCCUUGAACAGGGCCACUCAAGGUCGCGAGGGUGGAUUUGACUUGGGUCUUACUCUUGGUCCGUCCAUCAGGUUAGAUAUUGGGAGACAGUGACCAGAUUUGGUGUUGCAGCUGCGAAUGUCAGCUCAAGACCAGCCAGCUUUCGUUGUUCUUGACACCAAUCAAGGCACUAUAACUAUUGAACUUUAUUGGAAGCAUGCCCCAAAGACAUGUCUUAAUUUUGCUGAGUUAGCAAGGCGUGGGUACUACAAUAAUGUUGCUUUUCAUCGUGUUAUUCGAGAUUUCAUGAUACAAGGUGGCGACCCAACAGGUACUGGUCGAGGUGGAGCAUCAAUAUAUGGCUCUUACUUCGCGGAUGAAAUUCACCCUGACCUAAAACACACAGGUGCUGGAGUUGUUUCAAUGGCAAACGCCGGUCCAAAUACAAAUGGCAGUCAGUUUUUUAUAACUUUGGCUCCUACACAGUGGUUAGAUGGUAAACAUACUAUUUUUGGACGUGUUGCUUCCGGUAUGAAAGUUGUUCAGCGCCUCGGUAUGGUCGAUGUUGAUCAAGCAGAAAGACCUCGUGAGCUUAUCAAGAUAAUCCGUGCGAACACAACGAAUACUGUAUAAAUUACCUUAUCGACACCUAAAGUUCUGUAACGUUUUUUUGCAUAAAGUUUUGCUUGUCUGAAACUGUACAGUCUGAGAUCUAUGUGUUGACCUGUAGAAGAGUGAGAUCUAUAUGGCUUUCACAGAAAUUGUAGUGUAUAUCAUCUCUUAUAGUAUCUGCUGCUCCACAGAUGUCGUUUUGACUUAA